CAAUUAGGGACUUCCAUCCUCCAAAGGCAAAUCCUGCUGCUUUUCGCAGCUGAAGCUCUCUCAUGGAGUCAGUUCUCCUAGGUCCUCCUUCCUCCUCCUUCCUCCAACUCCCAAAACUCCACCUCCAUGACAAGCCUCGGCCCUCUAAUCCCCCCUCCACAAUCUGCUGCGGGCUGAGGAAAUCAUCAAGAGAACCUCUCUGGCGACGAAAAGUCAUGUCCACAGAGGCAAUCCAAGCCGUUCAAGCUCUCAAGAUCGCCAAAUCCUCACAAUCUAGAGACCCGUCAUCACCCUCUUUUCCUUCGUCGAGAUUGGGUGAAGUGUUUAGUAACAGGAUUGGGAGGUUGAUCAAGGGGGAUUUGGUGGCCGUGCUCGGGGAGCUGCAGAGGCAGAAUGAGUGGGAGAUUGCGCUUCAGGUCUUUGACUUCAUGAGAAACGAGGAUACAUUCAGACUUGAUCUAUCUCUCUACGGCGACAUGAUCCUAAUGUUGGGUAAAAACAAGCUGAUUGAAAUAGCUGAAAAGCUACUAUCAGAACUGAAGAAAGAAGGUUUACAGCCAGAUACAAGAAUAUACAAUGAAAUGAUAGGUGCCUAUUUAAAAGUUGGAAUGAUCGACAAAGCAAUGAAUACAUACAAAAUUAUGAAGGACUCAGGGUGCAAUCCUGAUAGAUUGACACUAACCAUAUUAAUAAGGAACCUUGACAAAGCUGGAGAAGAAGAGCUUGCGAGUUUUGUGAAGAAGGAUUGUGAAAAAUACGUGGAGUACCCGGAGAGAUUUCUAGAAGAAAUCAACAAGACAUAUCCACAAAGGAGAUCAGUCAAACUAGUUUGAAGAGUUACAUGUAACGUGACCGAGCUGGACAUAAUCAUUUUGCGAGGGCACAACACUGUGUUCAAGUAUGCGAACUUCUGAGCAUAAGAGCCAAAUGUGCACAAAGUUCAGUCUGAUCUUCCAAAAAGUUGUGCAAAAAGUUGCAGGAAAAAAAAUUCAGCCCAUCUGCGUACUUAAUUGUAUUUGGCGCGACAAUUUUGUAGACCAUCUUUUAUACGAUGCUUGAGAGAUUGAAGUUAUAUUAGCAUAGACAAGCAAGUUUUACUGUAAAAGUGGAAAGUUCUACUAAAUGUGCUUCAAUGAAUUAUGUUGGCUACAAUUAUCAUUA